AUGCCAUCAUCAAAGGUCGAACCUCAAAGGGAGAAUUCCAGUAGUUCACAGAAUCAAAAUGAUAGUCGAGAUACUCCAACAACACCACCACCCAUUAUAAAUACAGAUAAUAUUCCACAAACUGGUCAUAAUAAUAAUAUUCGACCGAAACAAGUUUAUCCCUCAUGGAAAACUGGAUCGAAUAUGGAAGAGCAUUUCACAAGGUUUGAUGAUAAUUCAGCUCUUAUAUGGUAUGCACCAAAUAUAAAACUUGGAAGUUGGGAUGAUGAAAGAGAAAGUGAAUUAGAAAUCGAGACCUCCCUGAAUGUGCAAAAUAAUGGUUCAUUAUAUGCGCAUAUGUAUCUCAGUCUUGACAAAGCAAGUCCAAAUCCUUAUGAUCCAAGAUAUCGAGAUGAUAUGGUUGUUUAUACACGCAAAUUAUUAACUAGAUAUCAUCCCAAACAAAAGUUGGUAAAGACAAAAAAUCUAAUUCUCGGAAAUGACGAGACUGAAGAUACUGAAGAUACUGAAAAUAAAUCAAAGGAGAAUGGAUAUUAUUUACCUAUUUUAUUUGUUAAUGAUUUUUGGAUUCUUAAAGAUCACUUGAAUCCCAUAAAUGAAACUGUAAAGACAUUGCCAUUAAAUAUAAAAUAUUAUCCUUUGUCUUUUAUGAAAUUACAAUUAUAUAUUCAAUUAGAUGAAUCUGCUCGAAUGCAAGCACAAGUUUUAGGUGCAGAGGCAGUUGAUAGUCUUGAGGAAGUCAAAAGAAUGUUAAAAGAGACAAAUCCUAUUUUAUUAGCAGUCACAUUUAUUGUUUCUAUUUUACACAAUAUUACACAUUGGAAAGAUAAGAAAGAAAUGACAGGAGUAUCAGUCAGAUCUAUUCUUUUAAAUAUAUUUUUCCAAGUUGUAAUAUUUUUAUAUUUAAUGGAUAAUAAUCAAGAAACUAGUUGGAUGAUUUUAAUUGGUCAAGGAAUUUCGGUUGCAGUUGAAAUAUGGAAAAUAAAAAAAGCUGUAGACGUUGAGAUAAAAUCUAAUCAAGAUACAACAAGUUUUUUCCCUUAUACAAUAAAAUUUGUUGAUAAACAUAAAUUAUCAGAAACAGAGAAAAAAACCAAAGAAUAUGAUCAACUCGCAUUCCGUUAUUUAUCAUUGAUAGCUUAUCCUUUAUUAUUUUGUUAUUCCAUUUAUAGUCUUAUAUAUAAUACAUACAAGAGUUGGUAUUCUUUUAUAUUAACCACUUUGGUGGGUUUUGUAUAUGCUUUUGGAUUUAUUAUGAUGACACCACAAUUAUUUAUCAAUUAUAAACUUAAAAGUAUCGCACAUAUGCCAUGGAAAACUUUAAUGUAUAAGACACUUGGUACAUUUGUAGAUGAUCUUUUUGCUUUCUGUAUUAAAAUGCCAACAUUACAUCGAUUAGCUUGUUUAAGAGAUGAUGUGGUAUUUUUUGUAUAUUUAUAUCAACGAUGGAUUUAUCCUGUUGAUGAUAAAAGAGCAAAUGAGUAUGGUCAAGUAGCUAAUGAUGAAGAUGAAAAAGUAGAUAAGAAUAAUAAUGAGAAUAUUAAUGGACAAUGUGAUAUACCUUGGAAUUUUAAUAAUGGUGUUUGA